AUGGUUUUACUGAAGUGUCAUUCAAAUUAGGUUAUGUAGUCAGAUUUUUAUUCCCAAUCCACCUAGGAAAAUUUUAAUCUAUUAGAUAUAAUGGAAACUUUAAACGGAAGUGACGAAUAGAAAAUUAUCCCAUACCAAAUUUAUCAAGUUACUAAUAAUAAUAAAAGCAUCUAAAUUUGAAGAUAUUUAAACACCUUUUUACAUCAAUUUCGAACAUAAAAUGGAAUAUAUUAGCCCGGAAAACGUUUUGAAAUUCCUAGAUCUAGUUCACAGACUGAAGCAUAGUAGUAGAAGAGGCUGGGAGCUUUGUCAAGUAAACAAUCACGAACAAAUAGCGAGUCACAUGUACGCAAUGGGAAUAAUGACUUUUUUACUAGGAAACGAUUCCCAAUUAGAUAGAUUCAAAUGUUUACAAUUGGCCCUGGUACACGAUUUAGCCGAAUGUAUCGUUGGAGAUAUCACACCUCACGAUAAUAUCUCGGAAGAAAAGAAACACGAAAUGGAAGAUGAGGCGAUGAAAGAAUUGACGAGUUACGUGGGAAGUGAAAUAGGAUCGUUAAUUUAUAAUCUUUAUAAGGAAUACGAAGCUAAAGAAACACCGGAGGCUAAAUUUGUUAAGGAUUUGGAUAGAUUCGAUAUGCUUUUCACGGCGGCUCAUUACGAAAGUAGAGAUCAAACUCCGAAUAAAUUACAAGAAUUUUUUGACGCAACCGAAGGUAAAUUCAACCAUCCGUACAUUAAAAAAUUGGUGGAAACAUUGGAACAAAGAAGAAAGAAGGAAAUCGUUUCUGUUGAAAAUUCAAAGUGAAUUUAAUGGUUACCUAUUAUUGUGUUAAUUUUUAUAGAUUUUUUAUAUAAUUUGAGUUUUGAAAAUAAAGUUUAAGUUAUCAGUUUUAAUUUGGAAUAAUAAUACAUUCAAUUUUGAUAUACAGGUCAGUUAACGUGUUGAAUGAUACAUUUCAACGAUGUGUUUUUAUUUUAUCGCCUCUAAAAUUGAAUUAAAUGAGUUAUGCGUAUUAAUUUAGAGGUUUUAAACCUAUAAAAAUAUCCGUAGAAGACCUAAAGGAGCUAAAAAUUACUUUUUUUAACACAUAAAAGAAGUUCACCUCCAUUUUGAUUAGGUUUAAUUUCUGUAUGAGAGGUAGAUAUAAAAUAAAUCUACCCAUACUUUAAUAAAUAAUGGAUUAUAAAACUUUCACUUUCCUUCCUUUAAAUGGCUACUGUUACUUUAACGUAAACGUUGGUUUUUUGUAUUCGAAAAUUUUGAUGAAAAAUAAUGUUGUACCUGCUAUUAUUUGAUAAAUAAAAAAAUGAAUA